AAUUAUUGAAAUUGAAUUAUGCAAGACAUGGUAUGAAUAAGUUUGAUUGUCUUUGUUAGAGAGCUUCAGUCACAUUUUCUUUCUUCUAGUGCUCUGACGUGGUCAACAGGCGGUUACGUUCUACAACUCCAGGUCCUUCUGCUCCGCCCUUGCAGAAUGAAGAGUAAAGAGGAACGAAUACUGGAACUGGAGACAGAGAAUGCUAUUCUUCAUUUAAGACUUGCCGAGUGUCUGGGGAAGCUCCGUCGAGACCAUGAAAAGGAGACCAAGGACCUGAAGCAUCAACUGCAGCAGAGGAACGCUCAGAAGAUCACCCGCUCAGCCCUCGCCAAACUCCUCUCUGAGGUCCAGGCCGUGAAGCAGGACUUGAGUGAACUUUUCGCAGUGUAUUUGAGUUUUUCCACUGAGCUGGAAGAGCAGAACAAGCAGCUGCUGGACAAAGUACAGCAGGCCAGCUGUUCUCUAAAGGGUGACCGUGGAGAGGAGGCUCAGGACUUACAAGCUGUGGUCUCAGCUCUAGAGCGCUCUCUGGAGGAGGAGCGGGAGAGGUGCCGGGCGGAGAGGCAGAGGAGGAAAGAGCUCCAUAACACGCUGGUGGAGCUGAGAGGCAACAUCAGGGUUCACUGCAGGGUGCGACCAGUUUUACCGUUUGACCACGUCCCGUCUUCCACCCCUGGAUCAUGGCCUGCAUUAUCAGAAGAAGUGGUGUCUACAGUCAGUGAUGACACAGUGAUGGUGAAUUGCAUAAAACCUGGAAUGCCAGUGCAUAACAAGAUGUAUGAGUUUGAGAGAGUGCAUGGACCAGAGGAAUCCCAGGAUGCAGUGUUCGAGGAAGUCAAGCCGCUCCUCACAUCUCUGUUGGACGGCUACAAUGUGUGUAUCAUGGCGUACGGGCAGACAGGAAGUGGGAAGACUCACACCAUGAUGGGCUCCCAGCUGCUGGAGGAGCACUCGGGGGGACAGCAGAGGGCGCAGCCGGGGGCGCAGCAGGGCAUCAUCCCCAAGGCGGCUGCUGAACUCUUUCGGAUGAUCUCUGAGAAGCCAGCAGACAGCCACACAGUGGAGGUGUCAGUGAUGGAGGUGUACAACAACGAGGUGCUCGACCUUCUGGCCAAAGAUGCGCAGGGCAACCCGGUGGAGCAGCGCUGCGACGUCAUCACCACCUCCAAUGGAACCAGCCAGGUCAUCACCCUCAAAUACCAGCCCGUGCGGGAUGCCUCUGAGGUGAUGCAGAUCCUCAGCAGGGUUUUGAAGCUCAGGGCUCACUGUCCCACCCUCGUCCACCCCGACUCCUCUCGCUCUCACCUCAUUGUCACCCUCACCAUUUCCUCCAAAAGCCCCAACGCAUUGGCCCUGGCCCGCCGGCUCCAGAGUGCCAAGAAGGACAUGCAGCUGGCCGCUCAGAAGGAAUGGUGGAGCCCACGCUGUCGCCGUGCCAACCUCGUCGCGCGCAAAUCAUCUGAGGAUCAUCUCUUCGCGAGCACGGCCUCCUCUCCCAGCCGCUCCCCCUCACACUCCCCCUGUCCCUCCCCCAGGCCCAGCGUCUCCCAGGCUCUGUUCAAAAUCAAGCUGCAGCUGGUGGACCUGGCAGGGAGCGAGAGUGUCGGUAUGUCUGGAGUUUCGGGCGCCGCUCUGUGGGAGGUGUCCUGUAUAAACCGCAGUCUCUCUGCUCUGUCCGAUGUCCUGGGAGCUCUGGCUGAGCAGAGACCACACGUCCCCUACAGGAACAGCAAACUCACCCAUCUGCUACAGGACGCCAUAGGCGGAGAUGCCAAGCUGCUGGUGAUGCUGUGCGUCUCCCCCACGCAGCGCUACGUCACAGAGUCCCUGCAGUCCCUGGGCUUCGGGACCCGGGCCCGUCAGGUCCAGAAGGAGCUGCCGCGAAGGAAGGGGAACCCUCUCAAAGUUAAGUGACGAGACAGACAGAGAGAUUUUCUCCUUUGCAAUACGGCAGCAAAAUAAGUCCUGAAUCAGUCAUGCCAACAGAUACGUUGUGACGGUAUAAGAUCAAUACCUGCAAAUCUGUUAUUUUAGUUUAUAGUGUGUGUGAGCCCUUCUUUCUCUCAGUAGUACUUUAACUAAGAAAUGUGUUGAUUUUGCUAGAAAUGUUUAUAUAUUUUCCUUUUUUAGAUAUAUUUUAAUAGACUAAAUGUCUUUUAUAGGGAUUUCUGAAGUACUUGUACUGUAUAAUGUGUUCAUUGUUAACCCUGGCAAAUAAAGGGUGCUUAGUAGUUAUGGAUGAAGAUACUGAAAGUUGGGGUAAUGAUUCAAUUUAGUAUAACAUUUUAUUUAUUCAAUUUCUCAUAUCAUUAGACUGUAGAUCAUGUUGAUAGUCGUCAGUCCUGUAUAAGAAAAUGCUUCCUGACUGAAGUAGUCUUCCAUGAAUUCUGUUGUAAAUACAUUUCAGUGUUUCUGCUCAUGCCUUCUCUUUUUUAGAGUUUUGGGUGCAGUUAUGUUUCUACACGUUGAUGUAUUCUGUAUCUGUAUUCAUCCCCCUUUUUUGAAGACUUGAACAAUUCUUUGAUAGAUUAGUCUCAGUAGAAAGUAGUGCCUAUAUUACAAAACUAAAUUAAACAGCUGAUGUGCA